AUGUCAGCAGGCAUCUCACCAAGCGGACCAAGCGGUGUUGCUUCCUUGCGGGCAAAAUUCGAACAAAAGGACGAAUCCACCUCCCCUCCUUCCCGCGGCCGCUCUCCAGCUGCAUCGUUGAGCGUGACAGGCGACGCCUCACGUCCUAUCUCGAAAGUUCGAACGAGUUUUAUUGCUGUCGAGCCUAGUGGAGAGAUGGGGGACUACAAUGCAUCUGAAGAAUUGGGUAAUGAGGGUGACGUAGUAAAUGGUGACGGGAUCGCAGAAUCUACAAUGAACGGGGCGGUGGAAAAGCCGAAGCCCAAUGGCAUUGAGUCGACCCCUCAAAAAGCUACCCAAAGGCAGGUGAACACGCCUAAACAGACGACACCCAAGAUUUCUCCGAAAAAGGACGUCACACCUCAAAAGAAGUCGGGAAUAAUGAAUGGUGUCCUUUCGGUUGCCAAUCCGGACAAGCCAAAUUCUACUGCGGAAGACAAUACUGCUGCUAUGCUACCAUCAGAUCCAAAGGAAGUAGCUGCAGUCUCCGGUGGGGCUGCUCUAGAUGGGGCAGCGUCGCCGUUGGGGUCUAUACUGAAAGGGUCACCGUUCGAGCAAGAUGAAAACAAGGGCGAAGCGUCGAACGCCCGAGAAAAUGAAGCGGCUGCUGAGCUAACGCAAUCUUCGCAACAACAGGCCAACGGCCCUAGCACUCCAACGCCCAACGGCAAGCCAAAGGAGUCUCCGGCACAAAAGACUGGAUUGCAGUCCAAACCCAAGAUAGCUUCUCGUCCUUCUGUUAUUGGAAAGAAAUCAGCUGUUCAGCCAGCAACCUCCACUAAGGCAAAGGCCGAGAACAAGACCCAAACGUCCACAAUCCCCACGCCCACUACACCCCAAAAUACAGCAACGCCUAGCAAGCAACCGCUCACCAAAAAGAUAUCACCAAAGUCAGCUGCUUCGAAAGAGCCAAAGAACGAUGUCCUUAAGGAUGCAAAGAGUACGACUGCUGAAAGACCAAGUCGGCCAUCUGUGGUACCAAAAGCCCCUGCAGCGGCGUCGAAGCCCGCACAGAAGCCAGGGAAGAAACUAGGUCCCACAUCCCCACCGUCAUUCACUAAGCCGCGUCCAAAGUCCCCAACACGUCCUGUCCGACUACCUGGCUCGGCUACUGCAUCAACCGCCGCAUCUGCCGCCAAACUCGACGCAGCAUCGGCCGCUGCAACCAAACCCAGGGACCGCGUCCCCUCGAAUCCAACAUCGCUGCGGCAAAAGCCGGCUCGUACAUCGCUGCCUGCCGGCUCGAAGCCGGCAGAAAAGGCAAAAGAUAAGCCAAAGUCGCGGCUGAGUAGCGUAAGCUCAAAGGCCCCGGAAGGGAGUUUCCUGGACAGAAUGAUGCGUCCAACUCAGAGCUCAUCCCAGAAAACGCACGAAAAGGUGGAAGCCAAAACCCCACCCAAGAAGACUAACGGGGUAAGGAACAUAAGACAAAGUGAUGGAAGUGAGAAAGCGAAGAGCGAGAAUGUCGAAACGAAGGGGGGUCAGCCAACGGAUUUAGCUCCAUCACCACCGGUACAAACCCCGGCUGAUUCCAGCGAAGCCCCAAAAACAACUGGAGUAGACAACGGCAUUGAUGACGCUGCUUUGGCAUCUGCUGCUUCACUUCCAUCGCAAUGA